AUGCCCGCGAGGCUGCAGCGCAUGUACAGCUUCUUCAAGCGGAGGCAACUGCUGCAGAAGCAGCAGCAGCUGCAGCAGCAGCUGCAGCAGCUACAGCAGCAGCAGCCGCACGCGAGUGCACAGGGAGAGCAGCACUUGCAGCUGCAGCAGCAGCUGCAGCAGCUGCAGCAGCAGCUGCAGCAGCAGCAGCAACUUCCUCCCGAAGAAGCCCAGAAGCGUCUGAGGCGCCUCUUUAGGGACAGCGCGGCAGCAGGCGCUCGCCUGCUGCAGCAGCAAGAGCAGCAGCAGCAGGAAGAAGAGGAAGAGCAGCUGCUGCAGCUGGCAGCAGCAGCAGCAGCUUCUCCAUUCCUCAGCAGCAACUUUCACCUGCGGCGGCUGCAUGCAGAAGUCUCUUUUGCUGCUCAUUUGAAUCUCAAAGCUGUUGUGCUGCCGCCCCCAAACACCAACACUCCCGUGCUCCUAGCGAGGUUUGCUGCUGCUGCUGCUGCUUUUGGUGCUGCUGCUGCUGCUGCUGCUUUUGGUGCUGCUGCUGCUGCUGCUGCUGCUGCUGAGGCCGCUUUUGCUGCUGUGGAGUACAAAGGACGCUGCCUUUGUUUGCUAAAGGACUAA